AUGGAGCUGAAGUGUCACAGCAGGUGUGCUCUGCCUGAUUAUACUUCCUACUACUGGUACGAGAAUGGACAAUUCCUCUGGGAUACACCAUCUUAUUAUUCAACCUACUUUGGUUCUGCAAACAGCUACUCCUGUGCUGUAAGCGGAUAUGAGAAUCACCGUUCUCCUUCAGUGUAUGGUCCAAAGCUUCCCUCUGUGUCAGUGAGUCCCUCUGCUGAGAUAGUGGAGGGCAGUUCAGUGACUCUGACCUGUAGCAGUGAUGCUAACCCAGCAGCUAACUACACCUGGUACAAGGAGGAUGAAGACUCACCAAAAGCAUCAGGACAGAUCUUCAUCAUCACUGACUUCAGAGCUGAACACAGUGGGAACUAUUCCUGUGAAGCCCAGAACAGAAGAGGACGUAGUAACUCCACCUUACAUCUGACUGUUGUAGCCGUUCUAGAUAAAACAACAAUGAUCAUACGUAACACCAGGUUGACUCUGGUGGUUGUGAUUCCGAUUUCUCUGCUUCUCUUCUGUCUGUGGAUGAGAAAGAAGAAAGCUCUGAGCUCCACCACUGAACCACAUGAACCCAUAGAGACUGUGGAGUUGGACUCUGAUCCUGAGUAUAAGAACAACUCAAACACUGCAGCACAGACAGAAGACUCAGAGGAGCAGGAAGACCGGGUGUGAAGAUGCAGUUAAACCAGAGGGAGACUCAGCUGGAUGGAGACAGAGAGAAGUACACUGAAGUGGACG